AUGCAAAUUUUUGUGAAAACAUUAACCGGAAAAACUAUAACUCUUGAUGUAGAAUCAUCUGACACUAUUGAAAAUGUUAAGGCAAAAAUUCAAGAUAAGGAAGGAAUUCCACCUGAUCAACAAAGAUUAAUUUUUGCAGGAAAACAAUUAGAAGAUGGAAGAACUUUAUCCGACUAUAAUAUUCAAAAAGAAUCUACUUUACAUUUAGUUUUAAGAUUAAGAGGAGGUAUGCAAAUUUUUGUUAAAACAUUAACUGGAAAAACUAUCACUCUUGAUGUAGAAUCAUCUGACACUAUUGAAAAUGUUAAGGCAAAAAUUCAAGAUAAGGAAGGAAUUCCACCUGAUCAGCAAAGAUUAAUUUUUGCAGGAAAACAAUUAGAAGAUGGAAGAACUUUAUCCGACUAUAAUAUUCAAAAAGAAUCUACCUUACAUUUAGUUUUAAGAUUAAGAGGAGGUAUGCAAAUUUUUGUUAAAACAUUAACUGGAAAAACUAUUACUCUUGAUGUAGAAUCAUCUGACACUAUUGAAAAUGUUAAGGCAAAAAUUCAAGAUAAGGAAGGAAUUCCACCUGAUCAACAAAGAUUAAUUUUUGCAGGAAAACAAUUAGAAGAUGGAAGAACUUUAUCCGACUAUAAUAUUCAAAAAGAAUCUACUUUACAUUUAGUUUUAAGAUUAAGAGGAGGUAUGCAAAUUUUUGUUAAAACAUUAACUGGAAAAACUAUCACUCUUGAUGUAGAAUCAUCUGACACUAUUGAAAAUGUUAAGGCAAAAAUUCAAGAUAAGGAAGGAAUUCCACCUGAUCAACAAAGAUUAAUUUUUGCAGGAAAACAAUUAGAAGAUGGAAGAACUUUAUCCGACUAUAAUAUUCAAAAAGAAUCUACUUUACAUUUAGUUUUAAGAUUAAGAGGUGGUUUUUAA